GAGACCGCGGACACUCGACGCUCAGCGGACCAGAGGUAGACCCCUCCACGACUACUGCGCUGUGUUCAACUUUGGAUCUAACAUUUCAUCCGAUCCAGUCGUGUUUGACAGUUAACGCCAUCGACAACGGAAUUAAGAACACGGCAGGUGGCGCUGUGUUUAAAGAUGGCAGCUCUCCUCUGGUGCCUGUGGCCAGCUCUCCUCCUCGCCACCCUGGCCGUGUCACACAGCAUUGAGCCUGGCUCCCGGAGCGUGCACAGGAGCGUGGCCCAGGCCUCUCCCCGAAACGCUCUGCAGAGCCUGGACCCGUGGGCGGAGCGUGGCUAUCGCGGCGGGAACAGCAGGAGGCACGGCGGGCGUGAGGACAGGGCCGGCGCCGGGCCGUCCCACCCCAUGGGCAGGCCUGAGGAUGAUGUGAAAGGCCUGGGUGGGCGGAGCCCUGUGAGGCAGGAGGUGGGGUCAGUGGGGAGGAAGGGGCUGGCCAGGAGGAGGGAGGACGGCCCUCUCGGCUACAGGAGCCAAUCCCAUAAGCCGGAAAACCACGCCCCAGGGAGCGAGGGGUCCAGGAAGGGAAGGAGGCACGGGCACCAUGCGGAGAGCAGGAAGCAGGGCGGCCGCAGGAACAAGGCACGACACGCUAAAGGUCACACCCCUGAGCCUGAGCUGGGCUCCGUGCUGAAGGAUGGGGGGGUUUUCGAGGAGCACCCCUACAGUGCCCCCCCAUCAGAGAGCACCACCCAGCCCAGCACACCAGCCCUCCCCAGCGACACCCUCAUCAGCACCAGCCCAUCCCCAGUAACCACAGCGAUGAGCGAGCAGUCCCCAGCGUCGUCCUCGCCCUCUGCCUCCACCAAACCCCAGCGGUUUGGCCGGGGGAAGAACCAGGGAGAGGUGAUGCCCACGCUGGACAUGGCGCUGUUCGACUGGACCGACUAUGAGGACAUGAAGCCGGCAGACACCUGGCCGCCCACCAAGAAGAAAGAUAAAUGGCGCAGUAAGAACCUCAGUGCAGGGAAUGUCACAGUGAACACUGAUGCCAUCGAACCCUGUGACCACCACCUGGACUGCCUCUCCGGCUCCUGCUGUGACCUGCGGCACCACGAGUGCAGGCCACACAACCGUGGCCUGAACAACAAGUGCUACGAUGACUGCAUGUGCGCCGAAGGCCUCCGCUGCUAUGCCAAAUUCCACCGCAAACGUCGGGUCACCAGGAGGAAGGGGCGCUGCGUGGAGCCCGAUUCGGCAAACGGGGACCAGGGAGCAUUCAUCACUGUCUGAGAGAAAGAGAAAGGGAGAGAGACAGAGAGAGAGAGAGAGACAGACA